AUGGAUGUAGGAUGGGAUGCGGUGUAUACGGCUCAGAGAAUCGGGAGUUAUAAGCCCGAUUUGAGAAAUUUUGAGUUUUUGAUUGAGCAUAUGGGACAGGAUCUGGGGGUGAAAAAGGAGGAGGUUUUGCAUACGGCGCAGAGUUUGCGAGCCGAUCAUGUGCCUGCGAAGAAAAUGAAUAUGACUGGAGUUUGGAUCGAUAGGGAAAAUGAAGGUCAGGAUUAUGAAAAGUUGAAGGAUGAAGUCGCUUAUACAUGGAAGUUCAGCACUUUAGGGGAGAUGGCCGAUGCAGUAGAAGAGGCAUUCGAAGCCCAGGAAAAAAAGGUAUAG